GUUUGACAUAAAAAUAGUUACAAAAAUGUAUAUGCAUCAACCUUGGUGUCAUGCACAUACAUUAUACUUGUCUAGACCUGCAAUGUUCCCAUGGCAAAACGCCGCUUCAAGAUCUUUGCACUGGUUUUGUCCAUUCUAGUUGGCAAGUUUUUCUUGGCUUUGAUUGAGAUACCACGAACGACGCAAGACAGAUACAGGCGUCCAAGCAAGACUGCAAGGCCACUAGAGCCUCCUACUUGGGCAACAUAUUUGGACCCAAUUGCCAGUGCUCUAGGGGUAUCAUUGACGGAUAUCGGCAAGCAAGUUUUGGAUGCAAACAAGCAUUAUCGCCCGAUUGAAGAGGUGAAACGAUUGGAACGAUUGGAAAAUGUCAACGAUGCCCACCAGCACGCCAUACUCCUUGCAAAGAAACUGAUGGAUAGAGCCAAGACGUCACAGGAAGCCCGAAACAUCAUUGUGCCCAACAUCUCAUUGCCACUCAUCCCCGUGAAUGGCACAGAGUUUCAGCAUUUGGUGACGAGUGUGCUAUCCGAUACGAUCUCCACGGGAGUCUCUGCGAUUCAUGCGGAACCCGGCACGGGCAAGUCCGUUGCGGUAGCUUUAGCCAUGCUGAUGUGGGCAAAACACAACCCAAAGUGCAUCACUGUCUUGAUACGAGGAAACCUGCAACUGCUCGAAGAUUUCUUUAGAGUUAGUGAAGCCUAUGUGACAGCUGUUGCAGAAAACCUUUUUCCAAUCUUGUCCGAUGCGGGAGUUCGCUUGCAAGUUGUUCUUGACAACAUCUUUGACAAGGAACUCGGUGAGCGUGGGGAGAUGUUGAUGAGCCUUGCCCGCGCCGCCUUCGAACAUGGACAAGUAGUAGUCGUCACGCAGUCGCGUGAAGUCGCUGAGGAAGUUGGUUUGCUCAAUGGGGCACGAACACGUGUAUCGCCACACCAGAAGUGCAAUGUCAGCGAGUACAGGUGGAAUAAGAUGCAGGCAUCCAGACUCCUCCUGCAUUUGAAUGCAACUGCAAAGCUGAACGACAGGAGAAAGUCCCGCAAAACAAGGUGGUGGCGCAAGAUGUUACAUGCAUUCACGAGAACCACCAAGGAGUCGGAGGACACAGUCCAGAGAGCCUUAAAUGAAUCCCUCAAAGAGUUCAAGCAGGAUGAGGCUUGGGUGCAGGAGAAUUUGGAAGGGGCAAGGAUGCCUGACGGUGGAUGGAAGCCAGUGGAUAUCAAGCAAUUUCUGCUAUCAGGCAUCAAACCAGUCUUAAUCCCAACUGUUGCAGGCGGGGACUGAAGGGAAAGGGCUGGCUUGGAAGAACAUCGCAUGAAGAAUGUGAGAAAGCAUUCUACUUGCAGACGAGCAGGGAUGUUUUUUGUUUUUAAUGUAAAGUUUUCGUUUUUUCCGCUUUGUCGCAAACGCUCCUGAUUAUACACAAUAGCUGACCAAAGUAAGACCUCGCAAAGACCCAACUUGUCAUCUUCGUGCCCUGCAAGGUGCCACCUCUCCAACUCAGACCAAAGCUGUUUGGGACUCAUCUUUAGAAUGCCUUUGGUGAACGCUCCUUUCGGUUUAGGACAAUGGAUUCUGAACGCUCCCCACCUCAAGUUCAAAAUUCCUCCAAGUGAAAAAGAAGGAUGGAAUUGGUUUGAUUGAGCUUUUGUUCACAACAAUAUAGGUUGAGGGUGUUCACACGAUGCUGGUUGUGGGAAAGCCCGCUACGCAAGACAUUACCUUGACAUUGUAUGUUCUUGCUGCGGUUCAGUCUUUUAGGGAGAAGAUAACAGGGUUGUUCAUUCCUCAAGAUUUGUGGAUGAUAUCUUCCCAACAUUUGCCUUAAAUUGGUAGAGAGGAUUUAGACUAAAGACGUUUGUGCGGUUUUCUGCCAUGCCCUUGUUCCUUUCAAGCCAUGCCCCAAGUCAAGCAUGUGAUCAUGUGUAAGCCCGCUAUUGAAAAUUAUACCCUGUAAUUUCAUGUUCUUGACACGGCUCAGCACUUUUUGGGGAGAAGAUCGCAG